GGCACCUUUGAGGAUGGUUCCCUGCAGUCGUUCUAUUUCCCUGAAGGUCAUCCACAUGUAGGUAUCUUCAAGGGCAUGGCAAAAAUUCUGGAGGAGCAUGGCUAUGGUAAUAUGGCAGAUGUUCAUGCAGAAUGUAAGCCAAAUUUUGCAUGUAAGUCUGGUGUUGAGCAUUGCUGCUGUCGAUGGAUGGUGUACAAUGAACCUGACUUUGUGAAUGUCAGAUCUACACUUGAGCUUGUUGCUGAAUCACAUGGAAUCUUGGUACUGUUCCUUCCAAAGUUUCACUGCAAGCUAAAC